AUGGCUACCAUCGACACAAACGAGACACCCCCGGUCCACUACCGAUCACUGGGCGUGUUCUUCGUCUACCUCACUAUUGUGGCUUCCCUCGCCCUGACCUGCUGCAGAACCAUCUAUGUUCGAUACCAGGCCCGGAAGAAAAACAAUGACUGGAACUCACCCAAGGCACGCAGCCAUGCCAUCCUCUUCAUUUUCCUAACAGCCCUUACCCUCGGUAUCACGUGGUUCUACAUGAUCAGCCUAUUCUUCCACUCGUACCAUGAGUGGACGUUGAGUCCUACCGGACUGGCAUGGUCAGCGGUCGACAUGCCAAUCACCACCCGCAUGGGCCUCUGGCUGAAGGAGACCUACCUCUUCCAAGAAGCGUGGGAGACAGUCGUCGAGACACCGAAGCGAUUCUGGUGGAGCGGCCAGAUCUUCGGCUGGUGUAUUGGGUGGGGUCUUUUCCUCGGUAUUGCAGGCCGCAGAUACAACAUCCCACACAUCUGGGUCUACAUGCUGCUGGGCCAACUAGCCAGCAUCGCAUUCGGCGCAAACUUCUUCUUCGCAACCAUCGCCGUCUCCCCUCGGCCAAACGAGAAAGACCUCUCAUUCGCAUGGUACCCAGCACCCAUCACAGAGCUGCUAGUCAUCGUGAUUUCCUUCGUGGACACGCUUGCCGUUCCAAUCUUUGCGCACAAGAAGGAGUUCAUGCCCAUCCUGAUGGCCCCCCAUCUCCUGACGUUCGUUCCGGGCAUGUUGGGUCCGCAGUACUCUGCUCGCGUCACGAAGCCUGAGGGCGAGCGCACUACGCAGCGGUAUAUCGUCUUGCUUCAGUGGGUUGCUGCUGUUGCGGUUGUCCUGCAGGCUUACUUUACCUAUCUGGCGGUGCUGGAUAUUGGGGUUGAUGCUUCGUAUGCGGAGAUUGCUUCGCAGUUGCUUGAUGCAUUGUAUGCUCAUCCCGCCUGUAGCAGUGUUAGCUGGGAUGUGAUUAUGUGUAAUAUUGGCUUUUUGACUUGGGCGGUUGUGCAUGGGUUUGAUGCUUCCAAAAUGCUUGGUGGGUACUAG